UUUGCUUUACCAAUCGAAACAAAACAGAUAAAGGGAAGAUAAGGGAAGGGAGAGCGCGAGAGAGCUGGGAAGUGAAGAGAGCGCCAUGGCGUCCCUUUCUCCUUCGAUCCAUUCAUCUUGUAAUUUGAAGUCUGUGUUUCUUGGCGAGAGGAGCGGAGUUCGAUGUCCAAACAAUCCUGUUGUUAAGAUUGGUUUUCUGAGGAAACCAAUUGAGUGCAAGGAAUCUAGAAUAGGAAAAAUGCCUAUAGAAGUGCCAUCAAAUGUUACCAUUGUACUAGAAGGGCAAGAUUUGAAGGUUAAAGGGCCAUUAGGAGAACUCUCGAGGACAUAUCCACGUGAAGUGCUGGUUAAGCGAGAGGAAUCCGGACAUUUAAAGGUGGCUAAAGCUAUGGAUACUCGAAGAGCGAAUCAGAUGCAUGGUCUUUUCAGGACACUUACUGAUAACAUGGUGGUCGGAGUCUCUAAAGGAUUCGAGAAGAAACUCCAGUUGGUCGGAGUUGGUUAUCGAGCAAUGCUAGAAGGCAAAGACUUGGUUCUGAGUCUAGGGUUUUCUCACCCGGUUCGGAUGCCAAUACCCGAGGGGCUCAAAGUGAAGGUAGAAGAGAACACACGGCUCUCAGUUACUGGUUAUGAUAAAUGUUCUAUUGGUGAGUUUGCUGCCGCUAUAAGGAAAUGGAGACCCCCCGAGCCUUACAAGGGGAAGGGAGUUAGAUAUGCUGAUGAAGUUGUAAGAAGAAAGGAAGGAAAAGCUGGGAAAAAGAAGUAGAAGUUUCUUGUAUCUUUUGAGUCAUGUUUUGGUGUUGCCUUUGGGAUUUGAUGUUUAAAUUUUCUCCGUUUUAUUUGAAUGUGGCUUGUAUUCACAUUGUCAUUGUAGGCCUUGCGCAUAUACUUCGAGUUUAAAAGAAAUUUUUUAAUGUG